AGAAGGGUCAGCCGCGGCGGCAGGGGCGGCGACGGCAGCGGCGCAGCUCCGCUCCCCGCGCGUCUCCCGUCCCCGCGCCCGGACAGGGCGCGCAGCUCUGCUGCCGGGAUGCGACCGCCCGCCCGCCGCGGCCUCCGCCUGGCGCUCCCGGCACUGCUGGCGCUGUUCACCUGCUCCUUGGCUUUUGCUUUGGUUUCUGAAGAUACGAAGAAAGAGGUCAAACAAUCUAAGAAUUUGGAGAAAAGUCAUAUAUCAAAGAAAACUGACAUAGAUUUAAAAGAAAUUGUAUUUGUCAUCCAGAGUCAAAGUAAUUCUUUUCAUGCAAAGAAAGCUGAACAGUUAAAAAAAAGCAUCUUAAAGCAAGCUGCAGACCUUACACAGGAAUUGCCCAGAGUUCUCCUCCUCCACCAGCUGGCCCAGCAGGAAGGCGCGUGGACCAUUCUGCCGCUGUUACCGCACUUUUCUGUGACGUAUAGCAGAAAUUCAUCAUGGAUUUUCUUCUGUGACGAAGAGACAAGAAUACAAAUGCCACAGCUUUUGGAAACACUCAGAAGCUAUGACCCAUCAAAGGAGUGGUUUUUAGGAAAAGCGUUACAUGAUGAAGAAUCUACAAUAAUUCACCAUUAUGCCUUUUCCGAAAAUCCUACAGUUUUUAAAUAUCCAGACUUUGCUGCUGGCUGGGCCCUUAGCAUGCCACUUGUAAACAAGCUUACCAAGAGGUUAAAGAGUGAGCCUCUGAAAUCCGACUUCACGAUAGACUUGAAACAUGAGAUCGCGCUCUACGUCUGGGACGGAGGCCGCGGCCCGGCCCUCACCCCGGUGCCUGAGUUCUGUACCGACGGUGGCGACGCCUCCUGUGCGACCACAUUCCGUGCCCUCCUGCCGCUUUGUGGAAAUCCAGUGAAGAAGGAGGAUAUUUUUGUUGCGGUAAAAACGUGCAAGAAAUUUCAUGGUGACAGAAUCCCCAUCGUGAAGCAGACGUGGGCGGGUCAGGCAGGUCGCAUCGAAUACUACAGUGAUUCCGAGGACAGUUCCAUCCCCACGGUGGAUCUGGGAGUUCCCAACACAGAGAGAGGCCACUGUGGAAAGACAUUUGCCAUUUUGGAAAGAUUUUUGAAUCACAGCCUUGACGGCGUAGCGUGGUUAGUCAUUGUGGAUGAUGAUACAUUAAUAAGCAUCUCCAGGCUGCAGCGCCUGCUGAGCUGUUACGACGCCAGCGAGCCCCUGGUUCUGGGAGAGCGCUACGGCUACGGCCUGGGCACCGGCGGCUACAGCUACGUCACAGGAGGAGGAGGAAUGGUCUUCAGCCGAGAGGCCAUCAGGAGACUUCUCGCCAGCAAGUGUCGCUGCUACCGCAACGACGCGCCGGACGACAUGGUCCUGGGGAUGUGCUUCAGCGGCUUGGGGAUCCCGGUGACACACAGCCCUCUCUUCCAUCAGGCCCGGCCCGUGGACUACCCUCAGGACUACCUGUCCCACCAGGUCCCCAUAUCCUUCCACAAGCACUGGAACAUCGACCCCGUGCGCGUCUACUUCACCUGGCUAGCACCCCGGGAGCAAGGCGGAGCUGGGCAGGAGACGCCCAAGGGUGGUCGGGAGGAGUUGUGACCCUGCGCACGUGGGACACGUGGCUUCGCAAGCUUCCUGACCUCAGGUCCAGCCCAUCAUCUGGUAAUUUUUGAGUUGAAGGGAAGGAGUCGUAGGGCAAACAUUGCUUUUUCCGGGAGAAAUCACCUGCUUUUGCAUUACGCAGUUAUUGUAACACAGUGACUCCUGUGUGUUUUUCAAGCUGUGAAACAGCAGCUUUAUUUUUGUCACAGAAAAAUAAACAGGGAACCAGAAGUCUCCUUCCUGUUCUCUCUGUUCAUUAUUGUGGAAGUUUCAGUCGAGCAUGAGGCUGGAGAGACGUGACCAUCAUUUUAUAUAUAUACACACACGGAAGCAGAACAGGAGGGCUGCUGACGUGGGUAUUACAUUGGCGUGCACUUUUAAACUAGAUUAUCAAUGAUGAAAAUUAUUUCCCCGUGAUGCAGCAAGAAUAUUGCUGUGUUAAGGAUCAUUGACGAAAUGUCAUAAAAGUCUAGCAAUGAAAAAUCCCCCGCAGUCUGUAAUCAGAGUUGUUGUAUUUUAUCUUUGUGUUUGUGCCUCAUAAAAAGAGAAAAAGAAUUCUUUUGCUAGCACUUUCUGCUUCUUUAGAGGUUCAUCUGUGCUGUUUCUCCCCGAAGCCCCAUCUUUAUGACCUACUUGUAACAAAGAAGUGUAGCUGCUGCAGCCAGAAAACUGUUCUCAGCAUUUAAGAAACAACCUUGCUGAAUUUUAUUCAAGGCACUGAGCUCUGUGUAGGUCUCAGGAAGUGAAUUGCUUUCACCGUGUGUUUUACUCUUAUUUUUAUUUCUCUGUUAUGUAAGGACCCUCUCCUGACUCAGCAGAGACCCCUCAGUAUACCUGGAAGCCCCAGGGGGAGGACUGCAUGGUGACUGGGCAGUUUCCCAGAGUUCUUAAAAAUUGAAUUUGAAAACUGUUUUGAAACAGUGCUCAUGUCCAAAUCAUAUCUUUAAUAUAUAGUAAUUUUAUACAUUAUUAAUUGUAAAGAAUACUCUGUACCUUAACAUUUUAAUUAUAUAAUUCAGUUUUCUAAAGGUAUUUGCAUAAAAUUUGAUUUUGAUAUGUCUUAAACUGAUUUUGGUAAAGUACUUUCCUCUUUUUUAAAAUAAAAAUUGUUCUUCAUUAA